UACACGCCGAGGCACCUAUCAUCCUCAAGCCCGCAGACUUGCCUCAAAACUUGGCUUCCAUUGGAGCAGCAGAAGUCGUACCAGAUGUAGCAUCAGAGUCGGAGAGUCCAGAGUUGAUCGCAAGAGGCUGGUGGCUCAGAAGUGAUCCUUCUACGUUCAUGCAAUGCGUCGCGUAUUUAAGGGGACUAGUCUCAAACCAAGAGGUUCCAUUUGAUGGUGGAUGUGCUGCUUGUCUACUGGCCGCUCUGCUCGAACGACCACAGGUCAUUCCAGAGUUCACAAUAGACGGACAAGCCCCUCAUCCACCUCUCAAGUUUUGCAUAGCUGUCGCCGGAUUCCGACCACACGACGAAAAGAUUGACCCACUCUUGGAGGCGGGAAUCGACACACCGACCGUACACGUCCUCGGCGUCAACGACCAAAUCGUCAGCCUCGAACGAUCUCAAACUCUAGUCGACAUUUGCCGGAAUGCACGAGUAGAAAAGCACGAAGGAGGACACUUUAUCCCGUCAAAGGCAACGUGGAGACAAUUCUUUGCGCAAUACAUCAAAGCAGACGAUCAUUCGGAUCCGAGCCCCAUCGCUUCUCCAAACCCUUUACUAACCGGAAGUGGCGCCUCCACCCCAGCUCUUCUCUCACGUCCCCCUUCACGGUAA